CCACUGCCACCAUGGAUGACGAACAGUGCUACUACAACGAGAGCAUCGCCUUCUUCUACAACCGCAGUGGCAAGUACCUCGCUACUGACUGGAACACCGUGAGCAAGCUGGUGAUGGGCCUGGGCAUCACCGUGUGCAUCUUCAUCAUGCUCGCCAACCUUCUGGUGAUGAUCGCCAUCUACGUCAACAGGAGAUUUCACUUCCCUAUCUACUACCUGAUGGCCAACCUGGCAGCUGCUGACUUCUUCGCCGGACUGGCCUACUUCUACCUAAUGUUCAACACGGGGCCCAACACGAGGCGUCUGACUGUGUCCACAUGGCUGCUGCGGCAGGGCUUGAUCGACACCAGCCUGACGGCGUCUGUCGCCAACCUACUCGCCAUCGCCAUUGAGCGCCACAUCACCGUGUUCCGCAUGCAGUUACACACGCGCAUGAGUAACCGGCGUGUGGUGGUGGUGAUAGUCAUAAUCUGGACGAUGUCUAUAGUCAUGGGGGCCAUCCCUAGCGUUGGUUGGAACUGCAUCUGUAGUAUUAGGUCUUGUUCCAACAUGGCGCCGCUUUACAGCAACUCCUACCUUAUCUUCUGGGCAGUGUUUAACCUUGUGACUUUUGUUGUUAUGGUGACGCUAUACGCCCACAUCUUUGUCUAUGUGCGCCAGAGAACCAUGAGGAUGUCACGGCACAGCUCCGGACAACGACGCAACCGAGACACCAUGAUGUCUCUGCUGAAGACCGUGGCGAUUGUGUUGGGUGCGUUCAUUGUCUGUUGGACCCCCGGCCUCGUCAUCCUCCUCCUCGACGUCUUCUGCGCCAACUGCAACGUCCUCACCUACGAGAAGUUCUUCCUGCUUCUCGCUGAGUUCAACUCGGCCAUGAACCCCAUCAUCUACUCGUACCGCGACAAGGAGAUGAGCGCCACCUUCAGGCAGAUCCUGUGCUGUCAGCGGCCGGAGAACGUCAACGGCACGGUAGCUGAGGGGUCCGACCGCUCAGCGUCGUCCGUUAACCACACGGUGCUGACCGGCAGUUCGCACCCCCACCAUCACCACCGAAACCACAAAAACGAACACUCGGUGGUAUAAAGAAAGGCUGGAGAUGGCGGAGAUUAGUCAAAGGGGUUCAUCUCCAAUUGAAAAACUGACUGAAAGAAGGUAAAGGGCAGCAUGGGAAGGUCUAGAGGGACUUCGUAUGAACUUAAGACGGUGACGUGAUACGUGUAGGAGGAGUGGAGUUAAUGAAGAUUUGGAUGAUGUCACAAUGAAUAAAAAAGGCAAUUACGAAGAAAGAAGAUAAGACUUUAAUGCUGUGUGGAGGAAGAAAAGUGUGGGGUCUGUUAGUAUUUUUGUUUAGCUGUUAUUUUCUAUUUGUUUUAAGUGUGAUAAGGACAACGCUGAUAUGAACUAUUUAAAAUUAAUCUGUGAAAUGAAGGUAAUGCCAGUAAUAUAGUCUUCUCUAACUGUGUAUCCUGUGGCCUUAUGUUUUAGACUUUAUUUCUCCCCCUUGAUCCCCAUUUUUCAUUUCCAUUCGACAUGUUCCGUACAAACAGCAUGACACUGCCGUCAGAGUUUCCUUCACAUCCUUUUACGGAUUCAGUUUGAGUCUGAACCAAGAUUUAAAACGCUAUUUUUCUUUUUCUUUUAUGUUUGGGAGAAAGCAUUUGAAAUCUUGGAAAAUUCAUACAAACAAAUUCAGUUUUGUGAACAUCACGUUCAACUGAACAUUUAUUUUGGCUAUCUCCAGCAGCUUCACCUUUUUUUUUUUUUUUUCUUUGGAACUUUAAGGUUGGUUUCUUGAUACAUUUCCAUAAAAGGAAAGUGAAAACAAUUUUGGCACACCCUGCUGAUUCUGCAAAAAAAUAAAUAUCAAUACUCAUAUGGUCAACAGGUUUAGCAAUUUAGAAAAAGCACUAAUGAAGGAUUGUUUACAGAGCCACUAUUCAUUUCCACAACAGAUUCAUCACUUUUCUAAUGAAAUUGACCUUACAACCUUACUUACUUACUUACUUUGAGGACUUACAAUUCUACUGAUCUUCUUUUCUUACUAAUGCUUUGGUGAAUUAAGUUCCUUCCUUUGUUCCAACUUAAAUAAACAAGGGGUCCAAAAUCUGUCGUUUAUUCCGUCUAAGGAGUUGGAGACAAGUUGUUCCAGGGAUCUAACCAAAAAAGGGGAGGAGGAUGUUUGUGGUUUUUAGAACAGUGUUAUGUGGAUACAAGGUGAAGGUCAUUUCUGGUGAGCGUUAACAGACUUCAGAUCAUGACAUGAAAUGUGCUGAGCUGUCUGCCUCAAAUGGUUUUAUCAAGGGUCUCUGUGUCCAGGCUGACUGAGGAAUAAGGUUGGGAGGUGGGGGGGGUAAGAGAAUGUUGAAGUAGAAGCAGUGUUUAUUUGUAAUUGCCCUCUGGUGGCAUGGGAAGGAUCUAUAAUAUUUCUGAAAACUAGAACUCAACAUUGUUAAAGGUGACAAUAUGGGUCAUUCCAUCUUUAUAGCAUGAACUGGAAGUUGAUGAAUGCUUGCUAAAAUUGUUAGUUGUUAUCAAUGUUGCCACCAAUUAUGCAUAGUAACCAAUUUGACUGAAAACACUAACCUCCAAAUGUCAUGGCAUUCCAUAUUUUAGUUACAUUUCAGUCUUUCGUCAGAGUUCACCUUUAGCAUCAAUCAGAGAGAGACUCAAGAAGUUCAUUUCGAAUAUGUAAGCAUGAAAAUAUCUUUCCUAUUAACCAGAAACUCAAUGUCACAAAUAUCUUGCUGAAACAGUGUUAUCGGUGAUAUGAAGUAAUACAGAUGUCCCUCUAUAAUAUUUGAUGUUCUAUUUAUGUCAUUAUGAGAUGCUUGAGAAAUUCACCAUGUUUUAUUGUUAACCAGUCUCUAUUGUCAAAUGCUGAGAUGUUUAUCAUCGUUGUCCCUCUGCAUGGCAUCUAAAGGGACACAUCAUGUAUUUAAAUCUUAUUGGGUAAUCAAGUUGGCACAUAUUAUAGAUUGGAUUUUGUACUUGUCUUGUUUACCUUCACAACUUAAUGAAAUGUUAACCCUCUCAAGACAUUAAGCAUUUUACGCAGUCCAUUUGUAAGGGGUACAAACAACAAUAAGGUAUGCCAGUUUUUUCUUAGGGCCAAUGCAGAGUUGAAUGGGGAUAUCUCAUUACAGUCUGGUGAUGCUAUGACGUACAUUGUUAAAAAUCACUAGCUGAAUGUUUUGCUGUGCGCAUUUUGACCCGAAAUACACAGAUGAAGCUCCAAACAACCUGACAGAAAAGUGAGCAUCACAGCCAAAAACAGUCAACUCUUUUCCAAGAAGCAAGAUGUUUGUCAGGGAUUCUUCAGCUGCAUUGCUUAAGUUAAGUCAGCUGGUAGUUUUGCCUUUCAAAGCUGGCCAAAAUACUUUCCUUUUUUAAUGAGUUCUUCAUCCAGAGUUUUGAUUGUAUUUUUGUUCAGGGUAUCCUGGAUGCUAAGAGUGUGAAGUGGAUUCCUUUGGUUCUUUCUCCUUGUAAAUAUUUGUUUUAGUGUUUUUCGCCAUACUAAACACUCUUAGACGUUUACUUAUCGGACAAUUCAACUUAAUUCCUUAAGAUAUGCCUUUGAGUUGGCCCAUCCUUAACUUCACAACAGGCCUCACAAGAGUAUUGGCAGUGUAGCAGUGCCACUAAUUGCCAAUCUACGGCUCUUAAACCAACCCGUUUUUACAACAAAUUCAGGUUAUAUAGCUAACCAAUAAAACCUUCUUUCUAUUUACUUGUUUACCAGUGUGUCGCUAUUUUCACACCUUUGUAAGUAUAUGUGUACAGUAUGUAUGUAUAUAAAAUGUAUUAUCCAGAGUUAAUCACCAAAGGGAAAGUGUUUUUCUGUUUGUAAAUUUAAGUGUGUUAUAAUCUGUCCAAAUGUACUGUAGGAUUUUGUUUUUUAUGUCAUGAAUUAUUUUUGUUUUUAUUGUGACCCUUAUUAAUGCAUUUCCUGUAGAAACUAUUACAAUUAUUAACAUGUUUGUGACCCAGAAACAGGGAUAUCAAUGUGUGCAGUGCCUUCAAGUCGUCCUAAGAGUAACCAAACACCAAAGGAGCCUUUUACCGCCCUCUCUGGUUGAAAGUAGUUGUUGUACCUGUAACCACGCCCAACAAUGAUGUCAUCAUAGUGUCCCAGAGUGCACUUGAAAAAACAAAUGGAAAUCAUUGUAUGUUUGUGUUGCUAAAACUUUAGUUAUACAAUUGCCUUAAAGUACACCAAAUAUAAAUGGUUAGAACGAUAUUUCACUUUUUCCGAAAGCAAAUAACAAAAUACAGCCUACAUUUUUAUUAUGAAAAAGAAGGAUUUCAUAAAUGUAUGAAACUUGUUCCAAAUGAAAAUAUUAGAUUUGCAUUUUAAAUUGUUCAUGGGGACACUAAUUGAGGUUUUAAUGUAAUGUAUCUAUUUAGUCUUUUCGGUUAACAAGCAGGUGUUAUCAUGAUUCCAAAUAUUGUUCAUCCCAAAGUGUUGAAUGAUUUAGAUUUUGCUUCCUAACUGUAGGUCUGAAAUAUUUGUGUUGAAAAUUUGCCAAGAUUAAAAAAACAAAACAUGUACCAGUAGUUUGUACAAAGUAAUCCUGACACAGACGUUAAUGUAAUUUCCAUACUAUCCAUACUGUACGGGCCACUAUCAAUGAAUGUCCAAAGUCAUAGUGUUAUCACAGCAACAAUAAAAACAUGAGAAAUGUU